ACUGUUUCCUUUUGUUCCAGGUCUUUGGCACUUGCGAAAUAAUAAUGAAAUUCAACAGGGUAACGAAUGAUUCCACCUUAUACAAAAAUGACUGCAGUUUACACACUCUUCCUGGUUCUGCUAUUUCAAGAGUUUGCCCCGACUGUCCACUAUGCGGAAAUCCUUCUGAAGAGAGUUUUCAGGCUGCAGCUAGAGAAAGCCUGGCCAAAUUCAAUGCUGAAAAUAACCACUAUCAUUAUUUUGCCGUUCGUGAGGUCACCAAAGCAAGUUCACAGAGACUUCCUGUCGCAAAAGUUCACCUGUGUCUGACAUCUCUAAAUGCCCUCUGCUCCCAGAUGAAACUGCAGAUGCAGGGCUAUGCAAAGGCUCCGUGAUCAACAGCCGACUACAAUUUGAAAAAAUUGUCACGGUACAAUGCGAAUUGUUCCCGCAUCUG